GGGCAGCACUAUGGUACAGAGCGACAAAACAUGGUGACAGAAGACAGCAGUGCCAUGAGGAAAAGUGUUCACGCAGCAUUUUCUUGCUUACAAAGACAGUCUGUAGAAAAUGUGAAUGAUUCAGCAUCCAGAUUUGAGUUUGCCAUGGAUUCAUGUAGCCCCAGUAUGUCUCGACCUGCUUGGCAGCCAUUUACCACUAUAUCUCAAGCAUGUUUUAGUGAAAAUGAAUGUUUAAUACAGCAAACAAAUAAUGUGCCAUUAGUUUCCUUAAAUGAGUCACCAGAAGAAGUCAGAAAUACUUCAUCACUUCCUGAGAAGCAGGGCUUUGCAACCCACGAGCUAGCUCGGAUACAUAGAGGGUACCAAAGAUUGGAAGAUGUAGAACAUUUCAAGGAAAAGAAGGGGUGCACAAAGGAACAAGCAACCUUUACUGAAAAGGAAGUCCAGACUCAAUCAGAAAAACUGCAACAUCAUGGCUGUGAGUCAAUGGAUAAAGCUGGUUUGAAAAAAAGAACGUGUUUAACUGAGUUAAAGGGUACGAAUGAUUUACCAUGUGAAAAGCUCAGUUCAGAAGCACAUAAAAGGACAUCUUUCGUGGAGCCAGCUCACCUGAAAGACAAUAUUCUGUUGAUAAAUUCACAAGAAAACUGUGCAACAGAAAACAGUGUAUUGGCACUGGAUGUGUAUGCCAAAAAACCAAGACACUGUGUUUCAGACACAAGUCUGCAGGGAUACCAUUCAAGUGAUGAAGAGAUAAGUGCAUGGGGAGCUUUAGGUACAUGUAUGGAGGAAGGUUGGUCAGAGAAUCAGAGUGUUUGUGAUACUGAUUUAGAUGGUCUGCAGCAGAAAGUGCAUGGGACUACAAGAGAUGUGCAGUGCAGUAGAAUAUCUCGAGAUGUAUUUCAGCUUCAUAACUCUAGUGACAUGACCUCCAUUAGUGCAAAUUUUGCAAAAUCUCUUUCCCAGACUCAAGAAUCAAUGGAGACUCAAGGUUUUCCUGUGCUUAGUUCACAGGGGUUUACUCCCCAGUUGAAAAUCAGCAGUCCCGAAUUCCACGUGACCUCCUCAGCAUCAAACCUGUCCAUCCACUCCAGUGGAUUCAGUCCUGCAGAUGUAGAUCCCAUGAUUUCUGAGAGACAGUGCUUGUCACAAGGAUUAGCUUUUUCUGUAAGUUGCGAAGACUUUGAUGAUAAUCCUGCUAAUAGCCAUGAACUCAGUGAAGCACAGUAUACAGAGAAUGAUAAAACAGAACACACAGGAACUGGUAGGAGAAACACAAACUUGUGCUUGGAUAUCAAGGAGCUGAAUGUGAAUACAGAAAUAUAUACUGAUAAAAGAAAUAAAUGUCUUCAGGAAAAGAAAGUACAGGGAAAUUAUUUGAUUUAUGGUAGUUCUGAGCUCAGGGGAAAGGUGUCUACACAGAACAAUCCAGGAACACCAGAAUUUGGUAAUAAUAUCAUUGACAGACAAACCACACAAAAUGACUUAUUAUGUAUUUCUUCCUGCAGUAAUAUGCCUAUGGUGGGAAGAUCUGAACAAAGUACAGAAAGAGUUUUCACAUUUUCAAAUGAUGAUGCACUACUGUGUUCAUCACACGGGCUUGUGUUCUCUGAUUUACCUGGAGUUGCCAGUUGGUCAUCAGAAUCUGAGCCUGAUAAUUGCCCAAAUCAACCCCUCCCUUCAGAGGUGCUGCCAUUAUCUGGCAAGCUGAACACUGGCUGGGAGGCAGGAAAAUUACAACCAGAGCUAAAAGAGAUGGAACUUGAGAAACAUGCUUUGCACAAUGAACAAAUGGUUUCUUCUCAGACAGCUGACAUCGGUUUUCAAGAUUCUCUUCCAGACUCAGUUUUAGGAAUGAUACCAACGCCAGGAAGCCAAAUCCUAAACACAUCUUCGCAGAGCUGCAUUGUCAAGAAUAGCUGUCAUUCUCAGCAUUCUUUUAUUUCACCUGGUAACCAUAGCAGCAUGAGUGAAGUUGGUGAUGCCUCUGGAACCUGUCAUAAGGAGCUGUCUGGCGCCCUGUGCAUGUCAGAAGAAGAAUGUUACAGGGACAGUGCAUACAACACCAAUGAAAUGGCAUCACAUGCAGACAGCAAGAAGUCUCUCUCAGGCAAUUCAGACUUGACAGACCCUGAGUUCCUAUCAUCAGCUCCCAGAGAGCUGCUGCUGCCCUCAGAUGCACCCAGCAUUGCAGGCAAACUGUCACGAGAAUGGAAAAAGUCAAGAACUCAGAAGGUGUCAGUGGUUCAUGAAGAUGUGCUUUCAACCCCAGGAGAUGGUCUCAAGGCAUGUCAAGUGCAGACCCCUCCCAAGAAAACCAGCAUAGAUUUGCAAUGUAGGAUGGACAAAAAGGCUGUUCAGUGGGUUCCUCUUGCAGAUCCAGCAACAGGUAGCACAGUAUAUGUAAAUACCAAUUCUGGGCAUUCACUGACAGAAGCCCAGUAUUUUGAGAUGGACAUGGAUCAGGAACUUGAAACCCAUUCAAAUGAAAGGGUUUCAUCACGGUGUGGAGAAGACAGUCAGGCACUAAAACAACUUUCACCUAUAAGCCAUCAAACCCUUAAAGCCCUGAUAGAUGAGAGCUUUGAUGAAGAUGAAGAAGAAGAGAGCCUUGCAAAAUGGAGAGACCGAAAACCGCUGCUUACAGACAAUUCUGAACGGUCCAGCACUGAGGAUCUUCUGAGCACAUGGGAAAACCCUGUUUUCUGUAUACCCGAGAAGAUGUUGCAGGUGGCUGAACAAAAACACAAUAGUAGGGCUGGCAGGAUGUCUCAUAGUUUUCUGCAUCCAACUUCUUUUAACAAAGCCAUGCUCGUGAAUGCCAAGGUGUUGGGACAGGUAGACAAUAAGUUUGUUGCCUGUCUUAUCCAUGAAAACAAGCCAGCAUCAUCGACUUCAGGGACUGCAGGAGGUUUGUUAGUUCUCUUCGAUCAACAUGCUGCUCAUGAAAGAAUUCGAUUAGAGCAGUUGAUUUCAGGUGUGUAUGAGAAGAAAGAUGCCAAUGGGGAAGAUAGCCGCAUAAUUCGCAGAUCAGAUGUUGAUCCUGCAAGGAGAAUAACUCUGUCUGAACGUGACGUAAGGAUGAUGCAGAGCUUCAAGAAGGAGUUUGAACGGAUAGGCAUCUGCUUUGAGGUUGACAAAGAGAAGUGUGACACUGUGCAUGUCUUCACAAUGCCAGUCUGCAUGGCCCAGAGAGAAGCAAAUGACAGAAAACGUGGCAAAGAUCCUCUCAGAUAUGAGUAUGUUGAGACAAUGAUCCGAGAACACACUCAGAGGUUGCUGUCAACUGAAGGUGCUACAUAUCUUCUUCCACAGUCAGUCCACAGGUUGAUGGCUACUCAUGCUUGCAAAGGAGCCAUCAAGUUUGGAGACAAGUUAUCCCUAACAACUUGCAGACAGUUAAUACAGGGUCUGGCAUCCUGUGACCUGCCCUUUCAGUGUGCUCAUGGGCGGCCCUCGUUAGCACCCCUUAUCAGCCUUUCACAGCUUCAAAUGAUUUCACCAAAUCAGAAACAAAAACCAAGUGUGUGGAAACUUUAUAAGAAGAUGCAAAAAGCAAAAGAGGUAUCUUUGCAACCAUCGGAAACUGGGGCAAUAUGAGUUUCGUCUUGGCACAAGAGGAAUGUUUUAACAUUUUGACCUAUCAUAGUUUCCCUUGCUUAAUACAAUUGUUGUAAAUAUAUAAUUAGCACAAAAGAAAUUGAUACAUAUGAGUGAUGGAAUAAACUUGAAGCAUAAAAUAGAAAACAAACAGUUUUAGAACAUACUGAGACAGCGAACAGUCUCAUCCCUUUCUUAUGAUUUUAACUUUUUAAGUGACAGACAGUUUUGUGUAGUAUUUGAAGUGUUCGCAGUGGUCCAUCUGUGAUACAUAUUUCUGUGAUAAAAAAAUCGAGAAGUGAGAACAUUACUUACUUGUUUUUUUAGAGCCAUCUAAAAUGUUUGUUUCACACUGUUUAUUUUGCAAUGACGAAAAAAGAAAAGAAAAUUUGACAGGGU